AUGAAAUUUAUUUUCUUAUUGUUUUUGGUGGCCGCUGUUAACGCCAGAUUACCAUCUCCAGAUAGCCUGGCCAGGAUUGAAAGACCAUUCACAGUGGCUGAUUGUUAUUUACCCCACGAGACAGAGCCUUGCGAAGAUAAAGAUAAAGGUACCAUUCUUGUUUAUAAAUGGGACGUAAGGGAUAAUAAUUGUGUACAAGCAUUAUACUACGUUGGUUGCAAGGCCACCAAAAAUUUAUUUGGAAGCUACCAAGAGUGUUUGUAUACUGCAGGACCAGUAUGCCAAAGAAGUCCAGUAGGAGUAUUACAAAAAUAA